AUGGAGAUUACGGCGACGACGACUACUACUACUGCGGCUAUGCCUGCGAGUACCAGUGCUGGAAAUAGCAGGAGCAACAGCGGAGUCAUUGGCGGGAGUGUGUCGCAUCCUGGGUCUGUUCCGGGGAUAUUUAUCAGCGAUGGCCAGGGCCAAGCACAAACGCAAGCACAAGCACAAGCACAAGCACAAAACCAGGGCCAGGGCCAGCAGGGCCUGGCCCCACAGCAGAUGGCUAAGUUGAGGAGGGAUUCCAUCGCACAUUCGCAGGGGAUCGGUGGUGUUUCAUGGGGGUCCCUCACAAUUAGCUCGUGGUUGCGAGAUGAGGUGAUGAUUCAUAGUCAAACUUACGCAAAGGACCACGCUCUCUCAGGCAGCCAUAACAGCAAGAGUUUCCCCAUCAAUGUAGGGAAACACGGGUCCGGAGCUGCCGCUGCAGGAAUAAACGUCCCAAACACAGCCGGGACCAAGAGCCCGCUAGAUUUGACCAAGUUUGCGUCUCCUCCGGGCUCGUCAGGUGCGUAUUUGCCAAACCUCGAAAAGCAGUACUGUAAGGACUACAGCUGCUGUGGCCAGCUGCUCCCUAGCUUGCAUGACCUUUUGCGCCAUUACGAGGAGGCCCACAUCGCAACGUCUCCUGGGGGUCACGGCCAUGGUCAUGGUCACGUGAUUGGCAACGCCCACCACCACCAUAACAACAACAACAACAACAACAACAGCAUUAACAGCCACAUGCAUGGUCAACACCAACACCAGAACCAGCAGCACCAGCAGAACCACCACAGCCAGCAGAACCACCACCAAUCGGGCAUGGUUGGCGUGAAUAUGAACUUCAGUCUGCAAACUGCAACAAACCACAGCACUAGCGCUGGUGCUUCCCCAUCCAAUAGCACAAACUCACACAGUAACAGCAAUUCGGCUGCCGCCGCUGCAAAUUCAGGCAACCAACACUCUAAUCUGCAUUCCCAUUUACAUCAACAUAACGCUACUAUGUCCCCUCACAGUUCACACGGUAACAUGAGGUCCGAGGGUAAACAUGACCAGUUCGACCCAAACAGCGUAAGCUACCAGCAGCAAAGGAUACAGCAACAGCAACUGGGUGGUGCUGAUUCGCAAAACCAUGGUAUGGGAUCAAGAAGGUUGGAUCCACGUUCCCAACAAAUAAACAAUAAUCUCUCUCAAUCGAAAGUGCCGCAGCGUUCUCAGUUGAAUAAUUCUUCAUCUAACGCUAGCCUUUCGACUCUAUCACAGACCGUCCAGGCUUCAGCAUCAACCGGCCAGAUUCACUUGAACGGUGGCUUUGUUGACGCCGUGUCGACAAACGAAGUGUUCUUACAAUCCAAACACAACCAACCUUCUUCUACAAGGAACAUUUCAAACUUCAAUUCAUAUUCCACUAAAUCUCAUCAGACAAUGUCCCAACCGGCGGCUAAACGCUCCUUGCCACUUGGCACCGGACUUGACCUAGACUACAUGGAAACAGGCGUAAUGGGUGGUUUGCAUGAAAACUCUCUUGGAGGUGUUAUGGGAUUCGGAUCGAUGGAUUCAAUUUCGCAUACCGUUCCACUAACAAACGCUAAUCAACACGGGCUUCAAAAGAAGUCAAAGAAAUUAGCAAACGCACAUUUGAAAUCAAAGGGGCUUGGAAGACAGGAUAGCGGUUCCGGUUUGCUUGUGGAUCAUGGAAGUGGUGUAGUAGUAGACGACGAUGUUGACGACGCUGUAGAUGAUGAUGACGAUGAUGAUGAUGAUGACGAUAAUGUUUCAUCAAAUAGAAAACAACAAGGAUAUAUUGAUGAUCCAGCAAGGCGGCUAUAUGUCAUGGAUCAUGAAGAACAUAAACCUUUCAAGUGUCCAGUUAUUGGAUGCGACAAAACUUAUAAAAAUCAAAAUGGUUUGAAGUAUCAUAAGCUGCAUGGUCAUCAAAAUCAAAAACUUCAUGAGAACCCCGAUGGUACUUUCAGCAUAAUAGACCCAGAAUCUAACGAACCUUACCCAGAUGGUAUGGGCAUGGAGAAUGACAAACCUUAUCGCUGUGAGGUUUGUGGCAAGAGAUAUAAAAAUUUGAAUGGUCUCAAAUAUCACAGAGGUCAUAGUACUCAUUGA